AUGCCUUCGGUGACACCGUCGUUCGUCGUUCCCAGCCAGCCCGGUGGUUCCCACACACACGUCCUGAAAGAGCCACUCACAGACCCGGCUCGAGGGAACGGGUUCUCCCAAGCUCUUACAGAAGCGGAUUUGCCCGACGGAACAACACGCCUCACCAUCGAAGAUGACAUCAAACUUCCUAUCGAGAUCUUUCACGAGGUUUUUCGGAAUUGCUGGAUGUCACAUCUCUCAGCGGCCGCGCGCCUGGAGCUCUAUAAAUCUCUUCGUUCGACCUCCCGGGCAACGGCAUCAAUCGCGGCGACCGUCGCAUUCCAGCACCCUGUUGUGCAUUGGUGGUCACUCCCUGGAAACCCUACUGCCGCCUUAUGGAACCUAAUCGCCGCAGACACGGCGCGGUCAAACAGUCCCACCUCGCCGUCUCCUGGUAGACCGACAGCCAACCACCUCCUCGUCGACUUGUCCGGUAUCAGCGUCAUCUUCACCCCGCGGGCAAGCGCCUGGAAAGCCGGCCUUCCAGACACCAUAUCCCUCUCAGAGCUCCGGUCCGCCACCUUCGCGUUCGGUUUCGAGCCCGGGCGCACCACACUCGGCCCGAUCUACCACAUCCGCCUCGCCAGCGUCUCCUCCGGCCUGCCCGCCCUCACCCACCUCUUCCUCGACACCUCCGCGGACCGCUCCGGGCGGGCCUACACGGUCCGCUUCCCCGGCGCAUCCUUCCCCGCGCUCACCUUCCUUCGCCUCCACGUCGCCUCCCCGUGCCGGUGCGCCGCCGGGGACCCGGGGACCGCGCACCAGGAGCACUGCAUCCUCGUGGGCCUCGGCGAGGCGUGCCCGCGCUUGCGGCACCUGCAGCUCGAGACGCCGAUCCCGCUGUCGGAGGCGAAGCUGCCCCCGACGGUCGCGCGCCUGACGCUCGCCGCGGCGCUGGGGAGCCGUCAGGAUGGCGCGCGCGCGAGCACGUUCGUCGGCUACACGCUCGUCGCGGCCGUGCGUCGGGGGGUGCUGCGCGGGCCCAAGACGGAGGGGACGCGGCGGGUGGUGGAGAUUCUGAGCAGGACGGAGGAGCUGAUGGGGUUCGAGGGCGCGAGGGACGCUUGCGCGCCGUUCGGGGUUGUGGUCGAGAGGCGUGCGUAUUAG